CUAUAUCAUAAAAAGAGGUUCUCACAUUUUCUUAUUAAAUAAAUAAUAAAAAAAAAUCUUUUAAUAAUAAUAAAAUCAUUCAGAGAAGUAAAAGAGAAAAUGAAAGAUAUGGAUUUUGGUAUUGGACAGCAGAUGCCGGUGGAAGAAGAAGAAACAGCAGCAGCAGCAGAAAUUACAGAACAACAAAUUCUUUAGAGAAAACACAACAACAGCAGCAGCAGUAGAAAUUACAUAGAGUGAAAGUGGAUUUAGAGAUAGAUAUAGAUUUUUGGUUGAUGAAUUGAGGAAGGAAUUUUUAAGAAGAGUUUAAAAAGAGAGAUGAAUGGAAAUGGUGGAAUUAGUAGUAUGGAGAACGAAUAUAUUUACAGACAUCAUAAACACGAUGGAAUGAGAGAUAAUCAGUGUAGUUCUGCUCUUGUUAAACACAUCAAAGCUCCUCUUCAUCUCGUAUGGUCGUUGGUGAGGAGAUUUGAUCAGCCGCAGAAAUACAAGCCGUUUAUCAGCAGAUGUGUUGUUCAAGGUGAUUUAGAGAUUGGAAGUCUUAGAGAAGUUAAUGUUAAAUCUGGAUUACCAGCUACAACCAGUACUGAGAGAUUGGAAUUACUUGAUGAUGAGGAACAUAUCCUCAGUAUUAGAAUUGUUGGUGGUGAUCACCGCCUUCAGAAUUACUCUUCAAUAAUCACUCUCCACCCGGAGAUCAUUGAUGGUAGACCAGGGACUCUAGUGAUCGAAUCCUUUGUAGUCGAUGUGCCUGAAGGGAAUACCAAAGACGAGACCUGCUACUUUGUAGAAGCAUUAAUAAAGUGUAACCUCAAGUCAUUGGCCGAUGUUUCAGAACGUCUCGCAGUUCAGGAUCGGACAGAACCCAUUGAACGAAUUUGAAAUGGAAGCUUAGGUGAUUGGGCGAGCUUCCAACCACCAUGGAUGAAGCUUCCGAGGCUUUCCGAACUCGGAAACUUUGGAGACAGACUGGUAGUAGUUAAUUUUCAUAUUAUGGAGUCUCUCACCCUUUCUCUCGUUGUCUUUCCCAUUCUCUUUUGCUUGUUUCUUAAUGCUUUAUUUUCUUUAAAAAAAAAUGAUAUUGUACUUCGUGUUAUGUCUUCGUUAGCUUAAGAACCUCAUCUCUUCUGCAAAGAGGUCAAAGAACCCUGGAAAGAGGAGUGACUCCUCCUUCACUGUGAUAAAAAGAAAAAGGACUAAGUUUGAGGUUUUGGUUAAUGGUGAGUAUGUAUCUACUUGAUGGUUGUAAAUAUCUGUGCUGCAAAAAAAGUGUUGGUAUUGAAGAGAUGGUGAACCUAAUUGGAAAAACCUGGCUUUACUGCUUUUAUUAGUUAGGGGUUUGUAAAUUUUACUUCUGAAUUGGUAAUUUUUAGCAUUAUAUUAGCCAGGAUUUUUAUGAGGUUAUGUGGGAUAAGAGUGGGCCAAGGCCCAAGUUUUAAAGACUUUUGGAGUUAGUUUGCCGAAAACCUCUACUUGUUGUUUGUUGUUUUUUCUUUGUUAUCUUCUUUGUACCAUUUUCCAUUUCUAAGAAAUGUUUCUUUAAUUCUAGGUUUGAUUUUUGGUGUCA